AUGUUCGACAAUUAAUACAACUAAAAUGAUAGUAAUAAUAACGAAAUUAAUUUAAACUUUAAGCCUAUGAAUAUGUUAAGACAAACAAAGAGGGAAAAGAUUUAAAAAUUCAGUGAAAUGAAAACACUAUAAACUGUCAAUGGAAAAGUGUAAGCUACAAAAAUGCCAUUUCUGGGGCAAUAUUGGGAUAGAGAAGUAGAUUUAUAACAUAAUAUAAAUGAAAAUAUGAAGCAUAUGUUUUGA